CUCCACCUCCUGGGACAGAAAGUGCCUCCACCUGCAUCCCCAGGCGUCCGGCCUCCAGGGCCCGCUGGCCCCACAGCAGGCAAGCUGAGAUGACGGUCAAGCUGGAUUUCGAAGAGUGUCUCAAGGACUCACCCCGUUUCCGAGCCUCUAUUGAAAUGGUGGAAGCCGACGUGUCAGACUUGGAGACCCGUCUGGAAAAGCUCCUGAAACUGGGCACUGGUCUCCUGGAAAGUGGGCGCCAUUACCUUGCUGCCAGCCGUGCCUUCAUUGUCGGCAUUUGUGACCUGGCCCACCUGGGUCCACCAGAACCCAUGAUGGCGGAGUGUCUGGAAAAAUUCACCGUGAGCCUGAACCACAAGCUGGACAGCCAUGCGGAGCUUCUAGAUGCCACCCAACACACACUGCAGCAGCAGAUCCAGACCCUGGUCAAAGAAGGUCUUCGGGGUUUCCGAGAGGCUCGCCGGGAUUUCUGGCGGGGGGCUGAGAGCCUGGAGGCUGCCCUGACCCACAACGCGGAGGUUCCCAGGCGCCGGGCCCAGGAGGCAGAAGAGGCAGGAGCUGCUUUGAGGACGGCGCGAGCUGGCUACCGGGGACGGGCACUGGAUUAUGCCCUGCAGAUCAAUGUGAUUGAGGACAAGAGGAAGUUUGACAUCAUGGAGUUUGUGCUGCGUUUGGUGGAAGCCCAGGCUACCCAUUUCCAGCAGGGCCACGAGGAGCUGAGCCGGCUGUCCCAGUAUCGAAAGGAGCUGGGUGCCCAGUUGCACCAGCUGGUCUUGAAUUCCGCACGAGAGAAGAGGGACAUGGAGCAGAGACACGUGCUGCUGAAACAGAAGGAGCUGGGUGGGGAGGAGCCAGAACCAAGCUUGAGAGAGGGGCCCGGUGGCCUGGUGAUGGAAGGACAUCUCUUCAAACGGGCCAGCAACGCAUUUAAGACCUGGAGCAGACGCUGGUUCACCAUUCAGAGCAACCAACUGGUUUACCAGAAGAAGUACAAGGACCCUGUGACUGUGGUGGUGGAUGACCUUCGUCUUUGCACAGUGAAACUCUGUCCUGACUCAGAAAGGCGGUUCUGCUUUGAAGUGGUGUCCACCAGCAAGUCCUGCCUCCUCCAGGCUGACUCAGAGCGCCUCCUGCAGCUGUGGGUCAGUGCUGUGCAGAGCAGCAUCGCUUCUGCCUUUAGUCAGGCUCGCCUUGAUGACAGCCCCCGGGGUCCAGGCCAGGGCUCGGGACACCUGGCCAUAGGCUCUGCUGCCACCCUGGGCUGCGGUGGAAUGACCAGGGGAAGGGAGCCUGGGGGAGCCGGGCAUGUGGUGGCACAGGUCCAGAGUGUGGAUGGCAAUGCCCAGUGCUGCGACUGCCGGGAGCCAGCCCCAGAGUGGGCCAGCAUCAACCUUGGUGUCACCCUCUGCAUUCAGUGUUCCGGCAUCCACAGGAGCCUUGGUGUUCACUUCUCCAAAGUCCGGUCUCUGACCCUUGACUCAUGGGAGCCAGAACUAGUGAAGCUCAUGUGUGAGCUGGGAAAUGUCGUCAUCAACCAGAUCUAUGAGGCCCGCGUGGAGGCCAUGGCAGUGAAGAAACCAGGGCCCAGCUGCUCCCGGCAGGAGAAGGAGGCCUGGAUUCAUGCUAAAUAUGUGGAGAAGAAGUUCCUGACCAAGCUGCCUGAGAUUCGAGGGCGAAGAGGUGGCCGGGGGCCCCCAAGGGGGCAGCCUCCUGUGCCCCCAAAGCCUUCCAUCAGGCCCCGGCCAGGGAGCUUGAGAUCCAAGCCAGAGCCCCCCUCUGAGGACCUGGGAAGCCUGCACCCCGGGGCCUUGCUGUUUCGAGCGUCUGGGCAUCCUCCAUCUCUUCCCACCAUGGCCGAUGCCCUUGCCCACGGAGCUGAUGUCAACUGGGUCAAUGGGGGCCAAGAGAAUGCCACGCCGCUGAUCCAGGCUACAGCUGCUAAUUCUCUUAUGGCCUGUGAGUUUCUCCUCCAGAACGGGGCGAAUGUGAACCAAGCAGACAGUACGGGCCGGGGCCCGCUGCACCACGCAACCAUUCUUGGCCACACAGGGCUCGCCUGCCUGUUCCUGAAACGGGGGGCUGAUCUGGGGGCUCGAGACUCUGAAGGCAGGGACCCUCUGACCAUCGCCAUGGAAACAGCCAACGCUGACAUCGUCACCCUGCUACGACUGGCAAAGAUGAGGGAAGCUGAAGCGGCCCAGGGGCAGGCAGGAGAUGAGACGUAUCUUGACAUCUUCCGCGACUUCUCCCUCAUGGCGUCAGAUGACCCGGAGAAGCUGAGCCGGCGCAGUCACGACCUCCACACGCUGUGACCCCAGGCCCUAAGGGUCUGCGCCUCCCUCCCCUCCCCGUCACCGGGCCCUCUGCCAUUAAAGCUUCCGUGCUUCGCUCUUC